AUGCAUGGAAAGACGUUCUCGAGUUCUCUGGCGAGUACCCCCUGGCAGGUGCAGCAGUGCACAUCAUCACCAACAGCAUCCUUUUCCCCUGCUCCAUGCCCCAUCCUUCCCCAUACUCCUCCCUCCCACCUACAGGACAUUCUCGAAUUCUUUGGCGAGUACCCUCUAGCAGAGGCAGCAGUGCACAUCAUCACCACCAGCAUCGGCCGUCUCACAGGGGAGGCCUUUGUGGAGUUCGGCUCCACAGACGAGGCGAGAGCGGCGCUGGGCAAGGACCGGGAGCGCAUGGGCACGAGAUACAUCGAGCUCUAUUUGUCGUCGCGGGAUGAAGCGACAAGGAUAGCCACGCGGGCGAGCACUCAGUUGAUGAGGGGGAAAGGAGGGAGGGUGGGAAGGGUAGUGGGACAAGGGGGGUGUUGCGAGACCUGGGAAACAGGGUGGGAGGGAGACGCAUGGGUGGGAGUGAGGAGAAUUGGUGGGAGCGAGGAGCAUCGGUGGGAGCGAGGAGCAUCCGUGGGAGGGAGAAGCAUGGGUGGGAGUGAGGAGCACGGCGCUCGCUCUGCAUCCGCCCCUGCUGGAGCAACUGGUGUUGCCAGUCGCUGCCUCCCUUCAGUGGAAGGUCCUUCUGCAGUGGAAGGUCCCUCUGCAGUGGAAGGUCCCUCUGCAGUGGAAGGUCCCUCUGCAGUGGAAGGUCCCUCUGCAGUGGAAGGUCCCUCUGCAGUGGAAGGUCCCUCUGCAGUGGAAGGUCCCUCUGCAGUGGAAGGUCCCUCUGCAGUGGAAGGUCCCUCUGCAGUGGAAGGUCCCUCUGCAGUGGAAGGUCCCUCUGCUGUGGAAGGUCCCUCUGCAGUGGAAGGUCCCUCUGCAGUGGAAGGUCCCUCUGCUGUGGAAGGUCCCUCUGCAGUGGAAGGUCCCUCUGCAGUGGAAGGUCCCUCUGCUGUGGAAGGUCCCUCUGCAGUGGAAGGUCCCUCUGCUGUGGAAGGUCCCUCUGCAGUGGAAGGUCCUUCUGCAGUGGAAGGUCCCUCUUCUGUGGAAGGUCCCUCUGCAGUGGAAGGUCCCUCUGCUGUUCCACAAGCUCUCCAGAUGGCGGGCAAAGCGAGCUCUCUGCUGCCCACUACACUCUCGGUUGCUGCUGCUGCUGCUCCUUCUGCUGCCACAGUGAGUGGGAUGCAAGGAACAAUUGGGGGAGGGAAGGAAAUCAACCUCUUGUCCUCUGUGUUUCCUCUCCUCCUCUACUUCCUCUCCUCCUCCUCUACUUCCUCUCCUCCUCCUCCUGUACUUCCUCUUCUCCUCCUCUACUUCCUCUCCUCCUCCUCCUCCUCUACUUCCUCUUCUCCUCCUCUACUUCCUCUCCUCCUCCUCCUCUACUUCCUCUUCUCCUCCUCUACUUCCUCUCCUCCUCCUCCUAUACUUCCUCUUCUCCUCCUCUACUUCCUCUCCUCCUCCUCCUCCUCUACUUCCUCUUCUCCUCCUCUACUUCCUCUCCUCCUCCUCCUCUACUUCCUCUUCUCCUCCUCUACUUCCUCUCCUCCUCCUCCUCUACUUCCUCUUCUCCUCCUCUACUUCCUCUCCUCCUCCUCCUCCUCUACUUCCUCUUCUCCUCCUCUACUUCCUCUCCUCCUCCUCCUCUACUUCCUCUUCUCCUCCUCUACUCCUCUCCUCCUCCUCCUCUACUUCCUCUUCUCCUCCUCUGCUUCCUCUCCUCCUCCUCUGCUUCCUCUCCUCCUCCUCUGCUUCCUCUCCUCCUCCUCCUCUACUUCCUCCUCUCCUCCUCUGCUUCCUCUCCUUUCCCUCCACGUGGAUUGUCCUCUGCUCCUCUGCUCCGCUGCUCACUGUUCUUCAUGCUAA